CUCGUCAAUGGACAAGUGUGGAAGAACAGCUUUGCAUCACUGUGUAGAAAACACCAACACAGACUGUGCCGACUUUCUCCUGAAGAAGGACACUUCGCUGCUGAACACUCCCGACAACGAGGGUCUCACUCCGCUGCACAUGAGCGCCAUCACGGGGAACGAGGCCAUGCUGCACCUGCUGCUCAAGAAGGGAGCUAACCUCACAUGUCUCGACGAGGAGAAACACACCGUGGUGCACUGGGCAACAGUCAGUGGACAAACCGAGAUCCUAGAUCUUCUCAUAGAGCAUGGUGCAGAGUUGUCUACCCCUGACAGUCACCUUGCCUACCCCAUCCACUACGCUGCCCAGAUGGCGGGUAGGAGAUCUCGACCACCAGUAGAUGGAAAUCAGGGCACGAUUCUCAAACAGCUGCUAGAUCUCAAGGUCGACAUGUCCGUCAUGGAUAAAGAUGGCAGACAGCCAUUGCUAUGGGCUGCCAGUGCAGGAAAUGUUGAUGCCUGUAAGACUCUGGUGCAAGCAGGUGCUGAUGUUGAAGCUAAAGACAAGGAUGGACUCACUGCGUUACACUGUGCGGCUAGUCGGGGUCACACGUCGGUGAUUGAGGAGUUGGUGAGUCAAUGCAGCGCUAACAUCGACGCAGUGGAUAAAAACAUGUGUACCCCGCUCUUCUACGCGAUAACGCUGGGCAACAUCGACAGUGUCAAGAUGCUCAUACAGCUCGGUGCAAACACCUCACACUGCGACAACAAAGGAAGAUCGCCGGCCCACUGUGCUGCCAUUCAGGGCUCUCAGGAAACUCUCGUUCUACUACAAAGGAAGAACGUAGAUUUGUGGUUGCCUAGUAAGCAAGGAGACUACCCAAUCCAUGAAGCAGCCCUCGGGGGACACGAAGGCAAGUUGUUGUUUAGCAUUGUGUUAAAAUGA